GUGCAGAUGCCCUGUAUACAGGUUAGCGGAACAAUCUAAGGAGGUUAGCAGAAGUAUCUGAAGAGCUCUGUCCACCAUGGCCAUUCUGAUCAGCUCCAUUCUGGGUUUUCUCGUCCUGCUGGCCACCAGCCAGGCCGCUGACCCAAACUGUGAGGACCUCACAAAGCCACUGGUGCUGGAGGACAACUACCGUUCAAUCAUGGGGAAGUGGAUCUUCACUGAAGGAAUCUCUGAUGAUCCUUUGUUCAAAAACUUAUUCCAAAUGGUGAACAGCACUUGGAUUACGUUCUCCCCCAGUUCAUUAAGAGAUACACUCAUUUUCAGCCAAGGGAAGCUGGCACAUGGAACUUGUAAAUAUGUGGACCUGAAUGCAACUUUCAAAAACAGCACCUUUUAUUCUUCUGAAAACGAGAUCACAGUAAAGGGCAAUAUACUGGCAUGUUCUUCUGGCUGCUUCACCUUAAGCUUAACCAGACAGAUGAGAAAUGAGACCUCCAGCGCCUUUUACUUGUUCACGAGAGGACCCAGAGCAUCCGAGUCCGAGAUGGAUUUGUUCUGGAAACAAGCUGAGUGUCUCGGCUUCCAAAAAGAACCGGUGUUCUCCUACGAUGGUGCAACAGAAUUGUGUCCAAUGGAUCCGAGUUUACUUAAGCAGCAGAGUGAACCUGAGGAGGAAUGAAAAUUUAACCUCUUUCUCAUUCUUGAUUUUUUGUGCCUGUCGAAAUGGAAAAAUAAAAUGUGGCCCUGCUGAGUCA